CUGCCUGUGCCUUGAUUUAGCUAUUGGGCUGAGCCUUGCUCCUCCCUUCCUUAGUCGGAUAGGAGCCACUGGGAUCUGGAGCUCGAGCUUCCAAAUUGAAGCUGGCCUCAGGCCAGGUGACCUUUUCUUUGCGUCUCCUGCGGCGAGACCCGCCAGCACGUCCAGCAGCACCAUGUGGGUGACCAAACUUCUGCCAGUCCUGCUGCUGCAGCAUAUCCUCCUGCAUCUCCUGCUGCUUCCCAUCGCCAUCCCCUAUGCAGAAGGACAGAAGAAAAGAAGAAACACACUUCAUGAAUUCAAAAAGUCAGCAAAGACUACUCUAAUUAAAGAAGACCCAUUACUGAAGAUAAAAACAAAAAAAAUGAACAGUGCAGACCAAUGUGCCAAUAGAUGUAUUAGGAAUAAAGGACUUCCAUUCACUUGCAAGGCCUUUGUUUUUGAUAAAGCAAGAAAACGAUGCCUCUGGUUCCCUUUCAAUAGUAUGUCAAGUGGAGUGAAAAAAGAGUUUGGCCAUGAAUUCGACCUCUAUGAAAACAAAGACUACAUUAGAAACUGCAUCAUUGGUAAAGGAGGUAGCUACAAAGGAACAGUAUCUAUCACUAAGAGUGGCAUCAAAUGCCAGCCCUGGAAUUCCAUGAUACCACACGAACACAGCUAUCGGGGUAAAGACCUACAGGAAAACUACUGUCGAAACCCUCGAGGGGAAGAAGGGGGACCUUGGUGUUUCACAAGCAAUCCAGAGGUACGCUACGAAGUCUGUGACAUUCCUCAGUGUUCAGAAGUUGAAUGCAUGACCUGCAAUGGGGAAAGUUAUCGAGGUCCCAUGGAUCAUACAGAAUCAGGCAAGAUUUGUCAGCGCUGGGAUCAUCAGACGCCACACCGACACAAAUUCUUGCCAGAAAGAUAUUCUGACAAGGGCUUUGAUGAUAAUUAUUGCCGCAAUCCUGAUGGCAAGCCGAGGCCAUGGUGCUAUACUCUUGACCCUGACACCCCCUGGGAGUACUGUGCAAUUAAAAUGUGCGCUCACAGUACUAUGAAUGACACAGAUGUCCCUGUGGAAACCACUGAAUGCAUUCAAGGUCAAGGCGAAGGUUACCGGGGCACCACCAAUACCAUUUGGAAUGGAAUUCCAUGUCAGCGUUGGGAUUCCCAGUACCCUCAUCAGCAUGACAUAACUCCUGAAAAUUUCAAGUGCAAGGAUCUAAGAGAAAAUUAUUGCCGAAAUCCAGAUGGGGCUGAGUCACCCUGGUGUUUUACCACGGAUCCAAACAUCCGAGUUGGCUACUGCUCGCAAAUUCCAAAAUGUGACGUGUCAAGUGGACAAGAUUGUUAUCGUGGGAAUGGCAAAAAUUAUAUGGGCAAUUUAUCCAAAACGCGAUCUGGACUAACUUGUUCCAUGUGGGACAAGAACAUGGAAGACUUACACCGGCACAUCUUCUGGGAACCAGAUGCUAGUAAGCUGAAUAAGAAUUACUGCAGGAAUCCUGAUGAUGAUGCUCACGGUCCCUGGUGUUACACAGGGAAUCCUCUCAUUCCUUGGGAUUAUUGCCCUAUUUCUCGUUGUGAAGGUGAUACCACACCUACAAUAGUCAAUUUAGACCAUCCUGUAAUAUCUUGUGCCAAAACAAAACAAUUGCGAGUUGUAAAUGGAAUUCCAACAAGAACAAAUGUGGGGUGGAUGGUUAGUUUGAAAUACAGAAAUAAACAUAUCUGCGGAGGAUCAUUGAUAAAGGAAAGUUGGAUUCUUACUGCAAGACAAUGUUUCCCUUCUCGAAACAAAGACUUGAAAGAUUAUGAAGCUUGGCUUGGAAUUCAUGAUGUCCAUGGAAGAGGAGACGAGAAACGCAAACAGGUUCUAAAUGUUUCCCAGCUGGUAUAUGGGCCCGAAGGAUCAGAUCUGGUAUUACUGAAACUUACUAGGCCUGCUGUCCUGGACGAUUUUGUUAGUACAAUUGAUUUACCUAAUUAUGGAUGCACAAUUCCUGAAAAAACCACUUGCAGUGUUUAUGGCUGGGGCUACACUGGAUUGAUCAACUCUGAUGGUCUGUUACGAGUAGCACAUCUCUAUAUUAUGGAGAAUGAGAAAUGCAGCCAAUACCAUCAAGGGAAGGUGACUCUGAAUGAGUCUGAAAUAUGUGCUGGGGCUGAAAAUAUUGUAUCAGGACCAUGCGAGGGGGAUUAUGGUGGCCCGCUUGUUUGUGAACAACAUAAAAUGAGAAUGGUUCUUGGUGUCAUUGUUCCUGGUCGUGGAUGUGCCAUUCCAAAUCGUCCUGGUAUUUUUGUCCGAGUAGCAUAUUAUGCAAAAUGGAUACACAAAAUUAUAUUAACAUAUAAGGUACCACAGUCAUAGCUGAUGUAACCACGUCUGAAGCUUCCAUCAAUACAACUUUCUUUUACAUGAAGAUUUCGGAGAACAUGGAAUUAAAAUGUCACUUAAAACAAUCCUAAGACAACUACUUGAGUGUCAUGUUUGUUAAGAUACUCAUUAAUAUUUAUGGGUGUUUUCUGUUGUUUUGUUUGUCAGUGUUAUUUUGUAAAUGUUGAAGUGAAUUAAGGUACAUGCAAGUGUAGUAACAUAUCUCCUGAAGAUACUUGAAUGGAUUAAAAAAUGCAAAGGUAUAAUUGCUAGAUGAUAAAAGAUUUAAUGGAAAAGAUCAAUUAUUCUCUCUACGCUGCUUUCCAAGGUUAGUUUCUUAAUAAUGAAUAAAACAUAAGUUAAACAUUAUUUUAACCUCACAAAAACAAUUUAUACCUUGUGUCCUUAAAUUGUAACUCUAUAUCAAAUUAUAUUACCUUUCAUAUGCCAUACAUUAUAUUUCAUUCAUUUCCCCUUAACGUGUAUCCUGUAAUACCGGUCCACGUAACUUUUUACAAAAUCAUGUACCCAUAUACACAUUGCCUGGGUACGCGUGUACAUGCACUAGAGUUCAAAUUGUGGUGUAUCUCAUGUAACCCCUAAAUAAUCUGAAAGUGUGUUCCUAUAGUUUUUCCUUAAGAAAAAAAAAUAGAAAUUUCUAAAGACCAGUAGAAAUAUUAAGGAAAGGUGUAAGAUAGUAGUGACGAGCUCAUCACUUGCAGAUGAUGAGUCUGCAUCUGCAGACUAGCUUGCAGAUGACCUUUGCUGGUUGACAUCAAAGGUAUGGUCAUGACCCACAAAGUUAAAUAAAAACCUAAUUUAUAUGUUUACAUAUAUUUAUCAACCUAGUUAUUUUAUGUAGUUUCUAAUUUUUAAAGGGAAGGGGGUAAUAUGUGUAUUAGUAUUAUUUCUUUUCUCCAAAUUUAGGGCCACUUAUUUAUGCAAGAUAUUUUUAGAUCUAUUUCCCUAAAGUAUUUUUUAAAUUCUUAGAUAACUGUUUCAAUUGAAGUUUAAAAAUGUUUUGGUCUAAAAUUUUUUUAAGAACAUUAACUCUAAGUCGUGCUGCUGUGAUUGGCUUCUAGCUCACCCUCUCUAAAUAUUUAAAAAUUAUUGAAGAGGAAAAUCUCCAUUUGUCUCCAAAGAUUUCUAAAUAGGCCUUUAGCAAAUUAUGCAUUAAAGUAUAUAUUGAAGAAAAAAAUCAAAAUACUUUUCUCAACCUUGAAGGCUUUUAGCCUAAUAAAACUUUACUCAAAUAAAAGAAAAAAAAAUGUAAAAGGAGGGAAAGGAACUAGCUUGUUUAAACUCUGUAUUCAUUUUUUUUUAAAGUAAAGAUGAAUCUGCUGAAUGAGAUAUUUUAUCAAAAUAUCUUCAUUUUAUCUUACUUCACUUUACACAGAUCUUUUCUAAUGCUGUGGGAAAUAUGCAUUCAAAUUUUGUAUUUUGUUUGAUAAUAGCCAACUUAUCAUAUUUAUUAUUGUAUUUUUCAUGAUUAGCUAAAGAUCACACAUUUGUCAAGAAAUGAAAUAACAAAGAGUAAUAGGAUAGGCUCUGAAUUUUCACAAAAUCUUCCUGUACAAAAGAUCUUUAAAAAUAAUUAUUUGAAUGAUUUGAGUCCAGUAUUCCCAUUUCUCUAAAUUAUUUCUCUUGAGUGAUCUCUAUGAAGGUCAGGGAUACAGACAAUGCUCUGAAAGUUCUAUAGGACACUGUUCAAUCUUGAGUAGAGUGGUUUUAAGUUUACACAAGAGCUUAGUUCACAGAGUAUAGGGCAGCAAAUCCAGAAAUGCUUAUCUAAAUUAUGCCACAUUUUUUUGGUAAUAAGAUAUGUGCUGGUAUUAAGAAACAAUGAAAACAGAGAUCCAACAAGUUGCCAAUCCACACCAUCUUAUCUGAUUGUAUUUCUCUUUCCCUUGUUAAUAUAUCCUUUUAAUCAGAACACAUAGAAAUUUCAAAGGUAUAUUGCCCAAAUAUUAAAAUAUUUUUCAGUUUCUUCUUGCUGAACUGGCAAAAUUUUAUUGUCACAUAUUAAUGAUAUUUGUAAAAUGUUUAUAAAAUUGUAACACUUUUAUCACAUUUUAAAAUAUUUUGUUCAUAUAUUUUCCUCUAAAUUUCCAUGGAAAGAGAGAUAGGGAUUACCUAGAUAGAAGAUGCAGCUAACUUCUUGGCUAUUGUGAACUCAAUGUUUUCCAUUUUAUUAAAGGGUAAAAACAAGACCACCAAUAAACCAUCAUACAUGGUGUACAAAGCAUUUCUUUCUUUAGGAAGGUUCCUUUGUAAUAGAGAGAGAUUGGUGGAAUUGACAAUGAAAGCAAGAUGAACAAGAUCCAUGUUAUCUUAGGUGGUAGGACAGGGUAUAAUCAUGUCAUUUUUCUCUGGUAAAAGAUACUAUUUCCUGGGCACUCUUUUCUUAAUAAACUACAAAAGUGAAAAAACCAAUUAUCCAAAUUAUCCAAAAAUCCAUUUCAUUUUGAGUCAUGGACAAAGGAUCUUUUAAAUUAGAAUUUGUCAAUGCCAUUUUUUUGGCUGUUUGGAUAGUGGUUAUAUGCUGUUAUAAUUGUGGACAUUUUCUUAUGUCUACCAGGAAUAGUGGUGUAAAAUUAAAAUAUUUGUCAUAAUGCCUCUGCAGUGCAGAAGGGAUGAUAAUCCUUUUGUGUACUUCUUUAAUUUUAUUGUAAAAUAUAUAAUGACUUUUACCUAUUUGCUGUGGGCAGGUCCUCAGUGAAAUGGUUUAUAUUGAGUCAAUCUCUAGUAUUAACAGGCUCUUGCUUGCUAUCUAAGUGUUUCAAACUAUGGGAAAUGUGAGACACUGAAAGGCAAGAAAAAUAACAAUAAUGGCAUGUGAUGGCAAAAUUGUAUUUCACUUAUUCCUGUGAAUAUUUCUUGUUGGUACCAAUGGUACUGUACAAAGUGAAUGUUAUAGCCACAACAUUCUCUUGAAAAAAAACACUGUCAAGAAGUGAGAAAUUGCUCUCAGGCAUUUUCUUGUUGCUUCUAAGCAUUUUUUUAAAAAAGAAAUACUGGUUUUGCAAUAUAGAGAUCAUGAGGUAAAGAAUUUUAAUAAACUCACACUAAAAAAAAUUUAAAUUGAUUUACUGAAGUUCAAAAAAUAACUACUUUCAAUCAGUUAUAUUCCAUAUUUAUAGACAAACUCACUGGAAAAAUAAAAUUAAUUUGAAUAAAAAGACAUAGUCUUUAUGUGAAUAAAUUACUUUUCACAAUAAAGUCCAAAAAGAAGUUAUCUUUCAACGUUUAACUGAGUUUUGAACUAAGAAUUUACUAAUACAAAAAAAAGGUUAAAAUUCUCCGGACCUUAUCAAUCUUGACAGUGUAAUUUUAAGUAGGUUCAUUUCCAUUUGCACAGAAAGUUUCUGUCUUUAGGAAACUGAAAAUGGAAUACUGUGGAUGUUAUGACUGUUAGUCUUAUGUGUAAAUAGGAAAUUGAUAAGCUGCCUAUUGAGUGGUAUAGCUAGAUGCUUACCCAAAAAGGGAACACUGUGGUUAUGACUUGUAUAUAAAAUUUCUGUAGUUAAUAAAGUUGUUAUUUUUAUAACCAUGAUUAUAUUGUUAUUAUUCCUAAUAAUAAUAAAAUAUUUUA